ACGUUUUUGGUUUUUAAUUUUUUUUUCAUCUUCAUGUCUAUCCUCUUCUUAUAUGAGCCUCAAGGUGUUGUAUAUAUAGCAUAUUGCCUUGUGCAGCUUAUUUGGCACUUGAAAUUUGAAAACUUGAUCUGCCUUUGCUUUGUUAUUUCAUUAACAGCACCCCUUUGGGCCAUAUAUUGGUUACCUCAACUGCUUUUCUGUUCAUCUUUCCAGAAUUAUUGUAAAGUUCCCUUUUUUUGUUCUGUCUUUUCAUUCUUUUUUCAAAGUGAAUUCCUGGGAUUUUUUGUUUUCAAUUGAGGGCACUAAAAAAAAAGAACUGACUGGAAUUUCCAUUUGUCUUGCUGGGUCCCUGAGAUUUGAAGUGUGUUGUUUUCCUUUUGGUGGGUGGAUCCUAAGUUCAUGAAUUCCCUCUUUUCUCCAGCCAAUUUGUUUUGUUGCUGAUUAAAUUAGUUCUGUCUGGCAAAGGUUUGAGUCUCUAGUGCUGGAAAAUUAAUCUUUGUGGUGAUUCAUGGUGUUUUUUUUUUUUUUUUUUUAACUGAGGACCUUCAAUUUUGUUUUUUGAACAUCGAUGGUUUUCUCACAAUCACAAAUCUAGUCUCCAAAGUUGGUGAUUUCAUAGGGGUGUGCUGUUAACUUUCCUGUUUCUUUCAUAUUCAAGCUCAAUUCUGGUUGUGGGUUUAUCUCUUACUGGAAGACAGACUUUGAGGUAGACUCCUUAUAAGUGCGCAGAAGUUCAAGUGUAGAGAAUGAGUCAGCCUAAGAUUAAACGCCGAGUUGGUAAAUACGAGGUGGGGAGGACCAUUGGUGAAGGUACAUUUGCAAAGGUGAAAUUUGCAAGGAACUCUGAGACAGGAGAGCCCGUGGCUCUUAAAAUUCUUGACAAGGAGAAGGUGCUAAAGCACAAGAUGGCUGAGCAGAUCAGGAGAGAAGUAGCUACAAUGAAACUAAUCAAGCAUCCAAAUGUUGUUCGAUUGUAUGAGGUCAUGGGAAGCAAGACCAAAAUAUAUAUUGUUUUGGAGUUUGUAACUGGGGGGGAACUCUUUGACAAAAUUGUAAACCAUGGAAGGAUGAGUGAAAAUGAAGCACGUAGAUAUUUCCAGCAGCUUAUAAAUGCUGUUGAUUAUUGCCAUAGCAGGGGUGUCUACCACAGAGACCUGAAGCCAGAAAAUUUGCUAUUAGAUACUUAUGGGAACCUUAAAGUUUCUGAUUUUGGUUUGAGUGCCCUCUCCCAGCAAGUUAGGGAUGAUGGACUUCUUCAUACUACAUGUGGCACUCCAAAUUAUGUUGCUCCUGAGGUCCUUAACGAUAGAGGCUAUGAUGGGGCAACUGCAGACUUGUGGUCAUGUGGGGUUAUUCUCUUUGUAUUGGUUGCAGGUUACUUGCCUUUCGACGACCCUAAUCUUAUGAACCUGUAUAAAAAGAUCUCAGCUGCUGAAUUUACUUGCCCCCCAUGGCUUUCUUUCACUGCCAGGAAAUUGAUUACACGAAUCUUGGAUCCAGAUCCCACCACUCGUAUCACUAUACCUGAGAUUUUGGAUGAUGAAUGGUUUAAGAAAGAAUAUAAGCCUCCCAUUUUUGAGGAGAAUGGGGAAAUCAACCUCGAUGAUGUUGAAGCUGUCUUUAAAGACUCUGAAGAGCACCAUGUGACAGAGAAAAAAGAAGAGCAGCCUACAGCCAUGAAUGCAUUUGAGUUAAUCUCCAUGUCCAAAGGACUGAACCUUGAAAACUUGUUUGAUACUGAGCAGGGAUUUAAAAGGGAAACAAGAUUCACCUCAAAAUCCCCUGCGGAUGAGAUAAUCAACAAGAUUGAGGAAGCCGCAAAACCUCUUGGCUUUGAUGUGCAGAAGAAAAAUUACAAGAUGAGGCUUGCAAAUGUGAAAGCUGGAAGGAAGGGAAACCUUAAUGUUGCCACAGAGAUAUUUCAAGUGGCACCUUCUCUUCACAUGGUAGAGGUACGGAAGGCAAAAGGAGAUACAUUGGAGUUCCAUAAGUUCUACAAGAAACUUUCAACAAGCCUGGAUGAUGUUGUUUGGAAAACAGAAGAUGAUAUGCAAAUGCGAGAAACAAAGUGAUGUGGAUAUUAUUAUCAUUGUCUAUUAAGUGUAAUUUUCUUCGUGUCUGAGGUUUUACUAUUUUCCAAUUUCUUCAUUCGUUAUAUUCCUCCCCCGUAGGUUUGUUUGGACAUUAAUUACAUAGUACUCAUUUAUUGCAUACCAUGCUAUUAUUUUUUGAAAGCAUGCAGAGUUCAUGUAAGAAUUUUACUCAUCCAACAGUCGCGGUUAUGUUCAUGAAACAAAAAAUUGUAAGAAAUUUGUAUAUUGUAUAUAUCUAUCUAUUUAUAUCUUUUCAA